CCAAACGGGCAAAGUCAUACUCCAGCCUGAUGAACAUCCAGGACAAACUGAGCUGAAGAGGAGACAGGAGAUGACGAACAUGGAGGAAGGCGUUCUUUUAUUAAAAGUUAAAACCUGGGAGAAGAUCUGACUUCCUCACUGUGUUGUGCUUGAGAUUUGACUGAACUCCAUGAAUGUAGAGGACUCAACAGCCGCUGUGUUUCCCCCCAGAACACUGUGAUAUAAGUCAGUCUUCUUCAGAGGUCUUGAAGGAUCUAGAUCCAUGAAACUGAAUCUGAAAUGCUUCGGGCCCAUUAAACCAUUACGCUUUUUUAUACCUCUAAAACCUUCUCAAAAUGUAGUAAACGGCGUUGGAUCACAUUAAAGGAAAAACUGAACAGAUUUUUACAGAUUUCUAGCAAAACAAACAUUGAAGAAAAAAUAUAGAAAUUGUGCACAGACUGUGUUUGAGUCUGCCUCCCACUACCAUAGUUUAAAACCAGCUUUAUUUGGUGUCAUGUUAUGACAUUUUGGAUCUCUAUUAAGCAGGACCUGUGUUGGAAUCAAAGCCUGUCUAACUUUAUAAACUACUAAUCAGAUGCUUUUUCAUGUUGCUGCACGGUAUGCUCGUAAUCCUCACACAGAUCCCGGCCUCGCCUUCCUUUCAACUCGUUAACGAUCUGCAGGUUGUUCACUGUCACUAGAAAGAGUGAGUGGCUUGAAUGCAGUGCGUGCAUGCGCGUGUGCGUGCAAGUGAGCUAAUGUGUGUAUGUGCUCUAUUUAUGGGUCGAGAAAUGGGUUUUUCUGUCUCUAAUGUAUGUCCCAAAAGAAGCUGCAAAAAGGAAGCACUUGAUGUCCAUUAGUGGUGACAUGUAUCUGCUGUAAGGAGGGGGGGUGCACAUCAGUGGGGUGGGGAGUAAAUAAAGACAUAACACACAUAAUGUAAGAGCACUCCAAAGUACCACACUAUGAUGUUACCUGUUUUCCAGUCAGUGUUUUUUUGUGGUUGCAUUAAGCUUUUAAUGCGCUUUGUUGUCGUUUUCCACUGAUGUUUAACUUAAUUUGUUAAGGGUUUCUGACUGCUCAUGGCGGUGAAGUCUCCUUUAUGAGUUACGGGUGUUGAAUUGAUGAAUUUGCCUAUUAGAAAUGCAUUUGUUGUGAAGAAAUGUACACCUCAUUAUGAAUGCAUACGCCCCAAAUAAAUAUUUGUCUGCCAGAAACAACCUGCAGAUGCAUGUGCUGUAAUUUAACCACAACCAGCUUAGUGGAAAGUAACUAAUCUUGAAUAUUUCCACUUUAUAUCUAUAAAAUGUAACUAAAUUUACUGCACAGUACAAAGUUUGAGGUACAUAUGCUUGAGUAUUUCCAUUUUAUGCAACUUUAUACUUCUACUCCACCACAUCUCAGAGACAAAUAUUGUACUUUUUACAUGACUACAUUUGUCCGACAGCUGUAGAUUACAAUUUUUCAUACCAUUCAUUAUCAUUGAAAACCAUGUUAAGCUGAUGUGUUUUUCUGGGCACUAUUUAAAACCAGCUCAACCUCAGCAGUAAAGUGCAACACACACUAAUGCACUGGUAACAGGAAAAACACCAUAAUAGUAAAACACUGAGUACUUUUACUUUUGAUACUAAGGAUACAACUGAAAUAUUUGAAUGCAGGACUUUUACUUACAGUGGAGUGCUUUCAGUGUGUGAUAUUAAAGGAAGGAGGAUCUGAAUACUUCUUCCACCUCUGGUGUCUAAAACCCCUGCAGCAAGCUGCAGUGACUGCAGUUACAUGAUGUCUAAUGAGUCCGUGUUGUAGUUAAACCUGUUUCUUCACACAGGAAUGACCCCUUGUUCUCAGGUUACGUGGCCUUGUGUGUUUCUUGCAACGAGGCUUUUCCCUCCGUCAUUAGCAGCUAAUCUAAAUGUGGGAUAAAGAUACUUGGCCGAAUAAUCGCAGCAUCACAUCCGUUAAACUCCUUUGGCUUUUUGGUCUUGUGGAGCGCAGCCACUGCUGGCCAUCAGCAGGUCUAAGAGCAUUACGGAUAUGCCGAGUCAUAUGAUCCGGUUGCGGCCGGCAGAGCCGCUAAAAACACGGGCUUUUUGUCAUCGGCGCUCCCGCACGGUGGAGUGUGUUGAGCGGCUCGUGUGCGGCGCGGCCCGGAGCUCAAGAAUGACAGCUUUGAUUCCUGUUAAGCCUCCGUUGCUUUUUUUCUGAGGCGCACCGGGGUCCUUAAGCGGGGCUGAAAGUCAUGAAAUACUCCCGGCAAAAUUGACCGGAGUGAGGGCCGCCACGUGAAUGAGAGAACCGGUGGAAAAGCUGCAGCUGCCCCCCCUUAGUGAUUGAGUGGAAGUAUUCUGACCUUAUACGUCAAUGAAAGUAGUAAUUCCACAGCCUAAAAGUACUCUUUUAGGAGUAAAAGCCCUGCAUUCAGAAGCAAAAGUGCAUAAGUAGGCAGCAAAUUUACUUAAAUGAAGUACAGGUAUGCGUCUAUUAUUAUUAUUAUUAUUAUUAUUAUUAUUGUAUUAUUAGUAUUUUAUUGUUAUAUUAUUAGCCCAUUUAUGUUAAUUAACAUGAGCAGUACUUUAAUGUUGUAGCUGGUCAAACUGGAGCUAAUUUUGACUACUUCCCAUUUUGGUAGUUUAUUACUUUAUUAACUGAUCAUAUGUUUCAUACAGUUUUAUUCUGAAAAGAAACUAGUAACUAUAGGACUAUAUUGGAAAAAAAGUGGAGUAAAAAGUACAGUAUUUCCUCUUAAACUGUAGAGGAGUAGCAGAAAAUUGAAGAACUCAAACUGUACUAAAGUACAAUUUUAAAUGUACUUAGUUACUUUCCACUAUUGCUGUUCAGUGGGUUAAUUUACAACAAUGCAUCAUGUUGCCUAAGCUGACUACUUUUAUAUGUUAGAUAUUAAUCUGCAAAGUAACUUGUAACAAUAGCUGUUAAAUAAAUAAAAAAGUAAAAAGUACAAUAUUUCCAUCUGAACUGUGGUGCAGUAGAAUUAUAAAUUGUGUAGACUUCACAUACCUCCAAACUGUAGCUAAAUACAGUGCUUGAGUAAAUGUACUUAGUUACUUCCCACACUUUCCAACAUACUAAAAUGGAUCAUUAUAUCACUUGAACAGGUCUGCGUCCAAAAAAGAUUGAGCAGUCUGGAGCUGUAAAGUGCCUAGUGAGUAAGUGUGACUCAUUCUGAGGAUUUUUGAUUUAUAUAUUUAGUUCUUCACAUCUAGCAAAAAAGCAGUAUUUUGGUAAUGUUUGAUUGUUAACAUGCUUAGUUUCCUAGACGGUGAAUUUUUGUUUUUGCCGCAAAAAAUAAACAUCCGUCCAUUUCA